CUAGAAAAAAUUCAAAACCAAAUCAUAAAAGAAGAAGGAGAAGAGUAGGCCGAAAGUGUAAAAAAUCAAUCGUAAAGGAUCAAAAAUUAAUAAGAGCUCUGACCGUCAUCGUAAGCCAUUAUUUCCAACAAACCAAAAAAAAAAAGAAGAAAAAACGUAAAUGAGCAAAAAUAAACUUUAAAACGGAAUUCGGCAUUUGUUUAAUCCAAAAAAAGUACAUCCAGUGAUCGCGCAGUUCUUCGUUUAAAGCAAAGUAGAUAGAUAAUGCCUCCCACAGACACCUUAAGAAGUGGGGAAAGAGAAAGAGAUCAACCGUAUAUUAAAAGACAAAGCAGCAAAUGUUUUGAACAUCGCGAAUCACAAGCCACAGCGAUGUCUGUGGAUUUCACCGGGCAGUGGGUACUGUUGGCGGGACGACGCAAUUUGGCUUUGCAACGAUUGGGUCAAGAUAACAUGGUAUUGCGCAAAUAUUACACCAAUUCAAAGUAUGAAGUUUCGGCAGCUGAAUUUGCUGUCUGCCCGGAAAGCAAAGAGUCGUGUGCUAUUGCCACAAGCCAGCAUAUUGACGUUAUGACUUGGGGUGCGGCGGAACCGCGCUAUAUACAUUCACUCCGUGGCCAUACUCGUAUGGUGACCGAUAUCGAUUGGCACAGUAAGAAUCCACAUCUUUUGGUAAGCUGUUCCAUCGAUACAUUUUCACAUAUAUGGGAUUUGCGAGAUUCGAGAAAGCCAACGUUAUCUCUCAGUGCUGUUUGUAUGUCGGGUGCCACACAAGUCGGCUUUAAUCGCGUUUCCGGCAAUCUUCUAGCGGCCGCUCAUGACGGUGAUCUUCGGAUAUGGGAUAUACGCAAAGGUUCAUGCCCCAUACACUACAUAACGGCGCAUUUGAACAGAGUUCACGGUAUUAAUUGGAGUCAUCGCCGGGAAACGUGCUUAGCCACAGCCAGUCAAGACGGUACCGUUAAAUAUUUUGAUAUCAACAAUCCUCGUCGUGCCGAAAAGAUUAUAACGACAUCAUCGCCAGUGUGGAGAGCAAGAUAUACGCCUAUUGGCAAUGGGCUGGUAAGUAUAGUAGUGCCUCAUUUAGGCCGUGGCGAAAACAGUCUUUUGCUUUGGAGCAAUAGCAAACAGUAUGAUCCUGUCUGCUCUUUUGUUGGACACACGGAUGUUAUUCUUGAUUUUGCUUGGCGUCCAGACCGCGAAAAUCCAUCAGAAAUCGAAUUAGUUACUUGGUCACGGGAUCGUACAUUGAGGGUCUGGAAAAUUGACGAUAUGUUGCUAAAACUAUGUGAACCAGACUCAGAUUCUAACGAGAACUACGAGUUGGGGGGAGAAUCUCGCACAGCGACCCCAACCAAAUUUCAGGCAAUUCAAUCGUCUUCUUUGCAGCAAACUACUAAUAUGCACAUACAAGCAGCAACCACAGAGGGAUUAGACGUUGUACAAAUGUGUGGUCUGUCUUGCGUCCAGUUGUCUCCUCCUAGGCUGUCGUCAUCAGCAGCGUACAUAAGAAAAGAGGAAUCUUCCAUAGCGCGCUCCCUGACGGAUCAGCCAACCUGUUCUCUGCAUCAUGAAUUUUCACUUUUGAACACUAAUAUGCCACAUGUAGAAGUCGAUAUAUUGGACGCAAUCAAACGCUAUGCUAUUUUUAAAAUCUCCGCUGGUGGCCAUGUAGUGAUACUGCAAACCACUUUUCCAACCGAAUAUCCUAGCCCGAAUAUCGGUCCCGAAUUUGCAUUUUGCCAAGGCACUACUUUACACGAUCAACUUACCAAAUUCAUGUUGAAAGUUCUCAAAACAAAUUCUUUGCAACGAGUAAAAAAGUCACGAACUUGUUUAGAACAAUGUUUGAGAGCUUUAGUAACCGCUCUUAAAAAGUCUGGCGGUGGUUCAGAGAAGUGCCAGCUUCGUUUGCAGUCCCCUCGCUUAGAAGGAGCUCUUAGCGGCGCGUUACAUGAUGCCUGUAUACCAUUCCCUCGCACAUCAGCAGCCACAUUUAAUUCCAUUGGCAUGUUAUGUAACUUCGCACAAGUGCUCAACACAAAACGACUAACGUUACGUCAUCAAAAUGUUACUCCUCGUACCUUGUCAGCUAUAAAUGGUGGCGGUCUUUUGGGAAAUGUUAUGGGUCCGCAACCAGUAUUAUAUACGCAUCGUGACUCAAAUUCGUCCUUUUAUUUACAUGAUCGCAUAAAUUCAAAACAUUCAAAAAAUCGUACUAUGCCAAAACCAGCGUAUUCCUCCCCAAUUGUGCACGUUUACGAUUGCAGUAAGCUACUGAAUAUGAGCCGCGAGGUGGCUCGAGAGCUCUCACUUGACAAAAGUGAUAUUAUUGAAACAUGCAAAAAGAAUCGUAAAAUUUGUGAGGCCAAUGGACGUUACGAUUUGCUACCGAUAUGGACGCUUGCGGAAAAGAUAGCAACGCCUAAUAUACCUUCUGAAACCAAAUACGAAAUGCUGUUUUACAAUCCUUUUAAAAAGUUCUUACUCGAAGCGUUAAUUAUGCAUUUUGCAACAUCGGGAGAUUUACAAACAGCAGUGACAUUAGCGUGUCUUUUUCAUAAAUGUCCACCACCGAAAGAUGGCGGCGAUGCUAACGUUGCAAUUUCUAGUGGCUAUCAUAAUAAAUUACCACUUCUAACACCAAAUUCCUCACCGUACCAUACAGUUUUGCCCGUAGACACUCACUCUGAACACUCAAAAGCGAAUAGCGGGAAAGCAGGCCUUUAUGUAAAACAAUUGCGCAGUAAUUCUUGGUCCGAUUCGUUAGACUGGAUGGAUGCUAAAUUAGCUAGCACUGAAUUGUACGCUUGUUCACUAAUUAGGCCUUGCAGGAUGGCGCUGUUUGAUGAAUUCAAAAAAGCUUACGCCGAAAUACUCUUUGGUUGGCAAUUGCUAACAAAGCGAUCAUUGAUUUUAAAGCACACAAUGUACACAAAAGUGCAACCUCAGGGACUAGAGUUCGUAUCAGAAUGUUCGAGCUGCAAGAAACCUAAACGUACACCGGCCUGUGGUUCUUGCCAACGUCCCGUUCUCUUCUGCACUUUGUGCGGAUUGCCAGUAAAGGGAGCAGCAAAUGCUUGCUUAGCCUGUGGCCAUGGGGGUCAUCUAACUCACAUAAUUCAUUGGUUUAAGAAUCACAGUGUAUGUGCUUCGGGUUGUGGAUGUGAAUGCAUGUUGCAAAGUGCCGCUAUACUGGAACAUAUAAAAUAAAAAUCGAAACAUUGAAAUUUAUGGAAUUACA